AUGAAAUGUUUAGAGCAGGAGAGUGAGGUACAACGCACAGGUCACGGACCUGGUGUGACAAAGGAGAUGCCCGGCCAGGAGUCAACCCACAGAGCCCAGUCCUUCCACGUACCAGAGCCUCCCAAUCCCAGCAGAGUAGUCCCACAGCAGCGGAUUAAGUGGCCCCCUGCUAGCAAAUGGAGCAAGUGGCAGCAGUUUGAUGAGGAUGUGUCCAACAUCAUUCAAGCCACAGCCAAAGGAAAUGCAAACAGUCGACUACCAUCAUCUUCAGCUUUGCCUUGGAAAGAUUUGGGCAGGACGGCAUGGCACUGCUACUGCUUCGACGUUCAGGGAGCCAGCGGUCUGCCGUCGGCGUAUCGAACGGAUUAUAAAGUCAUACCUGAAAGUCGGAGAGGUGUGGUGACCGCCAGUGUCUCAGAAGGAAGCCAUGGAGGAGCCAAGAAAGUCGCAGCUGCCUCUGACAGCUGCAGGAGGAACGACACAAGCUCCUCUCAUGUUUACGUGUGUGGCCUCCAGCUGAUAAAUAACAAGGGCAAGUUCCGAGGUUACAGUUAUUACAAUGAAGAACUAUAUCGCGGCCACAUUCCCACAACUCCCAUUCAGAAGGCCUUGCUGGCAGUUGGCUCAGGUGUCGCUGCCCUUCAAGACCCUUAUCGACACGACAUGGUGGCAGUGCUCGGCGAGACAACAGGACACUUUGCUUUGUUAAACCUCAGGGACCGGAUGAGAAAUGACCCGGAGGGACACGUGGUCCUCCGGGACAGGCCGAGAAUCCGGCUGUCGACGCUGGACUUGAGAAAGAUGGCCUCCUUACCUGAGGGAACCUUUGGCCGAGAAUACCUCCGUUUUCUGGAAGACAACCAAGUGACCCCUGACUCGAGGGCAGAUGUGAAGUUUGUGGACAACGAGGAGCUAGCUUACGUCAUGCAGAGAUACAGAGAGGUCCACGACCUGCUGCACACCCUGCUGGGCAUGCCCACCAACAUGCUGGGUGAAGUGGCUGUAAAGUGGUUCGAAGCCGCUCAGACUGGGCUCCCCAUGUGCGCCCUCGGAGCUCUGCUGGGCCCACUUCGACUAAACCCAAAUCGCCUGCAGCAGCUGGUCACUUCCUUGGGACCCUGGGCCGUGCAGAAUGGCCGACGUGCCCGGUGUGUCCUCAGCGUCUUCUAUGAGAGGCGAUGGGAGCAGAGCGUGGAGGACCUGAGACAGGAGCUGAACAUCGAGCCUCCUCCCACCCAGUAAUCACGUAAAUAAUGACUAGCUCAGUGGCCUUGUGGUUAGUGUCCGCCCUGAGAAUGGAAGGUCGUGUGUUCAAAUGGUGGCCAAGUCAUUCCAAAGACUAUAAAAUGGGACCCAUUGCCUCCCUGCUUCGCACUAAGCAUCAAGGGUUGGAAUCGAGGGCUAAAUCACCAAAUGAUUCCAGAAUGCGACCACCACUGCUGCUCACUGCUCCCCUCACCUCCUGGGGGAUGGGUCAAAUGCAGAGGACAAAUUUCACCACACCUAGUGUGUGUGUGAUGAAUCUUUGGGACUUUAACUUUAAAUCCUAAUGGAAUCAUGAGGUGGCAAGGACUAAAAAUGGAUGUUUUUGUUUUUUGCGUAGACUGAAUAUUCUCAUUAUGAUCAGAUGUAUACUUUGUAUAUUUAUUCAACUAAAUGUUUUGUUAUAAACCACAUACUUUAUAGCGUA